CCAUGGGUUUCGAACAUAUUUUUGCGGGAAAUUAAAACUCUCCAAAAGUAAACAUAACCUCAUUCGAUAUGGAUGAGUUUCUGAAUUUAAAUUGGUCAAAGAAGUACCCUAAACAGCUGAGAACAAGGGGAGAUGUUUAUUCUGCAGCAUUUUCCGAUGAUGAAUGUGAUGUUUACGUUUGUCACAUGAAAGAAAUCGAUCCGCAAUACUAUGAGAGAUAUAGAAAUCAAUCAGAAAUUAUUCAACAAACUCCACCAAAGAAGGAUGCUACCGGUAAAGUGAGUCCGAGGACAGUAGCUACUGAAAACAGUCCACAGAAAGACAAUGAAUUGCAUCUAUUCAGGAAAUUUCCCACAAAAUCGAAGAUGGACGAGGAGAUUCACAUGAGUUGUAUACGAUAUCUCAAGAGUCUGGAAGAUCCUGAUGAAUGUGCAGAGUCUCAAAUUAAUCACUCUGAUCAAGAAAAAUAUCUUUCCUGUGAGGAAAUCAGAAAGCAAGAAAAGACUGAAUUCUAUGAAUUUGUAAAGAAUUACUUCAUGACUCAUUUGAGGCAGAGAAUUCUCAAGAUUGAUGUUGGCAUGGAGAAUAUUUUGAUUGAGAUAUGGCAGAGGGAUGUGGAAGAUGUAAAGAAGAAACAACAGCAAAAUUACCAGCUACAGACAGCACUUCCUCUGGAUUAUUGCCUGCCGGAAAACGCCGAAGUACAUUUGGAAAAUCAGGAAGAAGCCCUACGACUGGGAGUUGUACCACGGAUGAUAUACGACUUUUCUGCUACUGAAACCCUAAAACUUGAACAGAAUCCUGAAAAAUUGAAGAGCUACAUGGGAUUUAAUGCAAAUUUCAAAGGCACUGAGGAUGAAAGAGCUUUGGAAAGAAUUGCUCAAAAAGAUGAGAUUGAUAUCAUUUUGCCUUUGGACAGCAUUGAAAAAUUUGUAAAUGGCAUUAAACUCUCUUGGAAUAUCCUCUUCAGGAUACAAGAAAGUGGAUUGAAAAAGCUGUGUAUAGUAGAAUCCCCUCUACCUCCUUUAAAUAUGGACACAAAGCAUAGAAAUGCAGAAAUUCUGACAUACUCCUUCGAAAUGGAAGUAUUGGAGGAAUCUCUACAAGAAUCUCCGUUAUUGGAAACCCCAAAUGUUUCGGAAACUGUGACAGAAAAUUCUGAAACCUUUUCAAAAUUUCCAAAAGACUUGGAUUCAGAUAGCGACGAUGAAGGUCAAUUAAUCAUAGAUGAAUCUGUGGAGGAGGAGCUUACCGAAGAGACCCAAUCAGCCACUCAAGAAGCCCAUAAAGAUUCAACUCCUGAGAAAAUAUUAAAUAUUCCAAGUCCCGUGAAGAGCCGAAGAAGAGCACAGAACAGUGUGUUCAGAAAAUGUUCUUUGACUUCCGGCAAGGAAGUUUGUAGAAUCCUGGUAAAGUUCCAUCAGGAUGGAGUGGUUUUGGGUGAUGACGGAGAGGAAGCCAUAAAUUUCUCCCUGAAAAUCGAAUAUCAAACGGAAUUUGGAGCUGAAGAAAUGACCAUUGAAGAGCUAAUCCGAGAAUGGUGUCAACAAACUUUCAAUCCCAACAGCAGAACUCUACGCAUCCGAAUAGAUUUUCAGACACUAAAAAUCCUAUCAGUGAAGGAAAUUUCCCUAAAGGACAUCGAAAAAGAUCUACAGAGACUUCAUGGAAUAUCUUCAAAAAAAUUACUUCAAAGACUCUGGGGAAUCUUGAGUGUCAUGAAAAAUUUUCCCGUCCAAAACUACCUUAUGCACCAUGAAUCAGUCCAUGACAAAAAAGUCAAGAUCUACGCCAGCAGAGAAACAGGCGAACACGACAAGAAUUUCCUUCAGCUCUCUCAGCUUUUUGCCAAAGUAGAUUUUAGGAGGAAACCCCUUCUGGAACAGCACGAUUGGAUUCCAAUCGACGAUCAGGAAGUCACAAUACUCCAUGAACAGAAAAAUGUCAUGCCAUGUGCAUUUCCUCAUUGGGGAAAGGCUGAGAGUGUUAAUAUUUGGAAUGAGAAGAAAAACCUCAUAGAAAAGUAUGAAGCGAGGAUGAAGGCAAAGACUGAAGCUAAACUCUUGCAAGAGAGAAAAAUUAAGAGUGAGAAAAACCGGAAGAAAAAACUAAAGAGGCAACAGGUAAAGCAACAAAAAGCAAAGGAAAAAAGUGAAGAAUUCGCAAAAAAAUUGGCUCAAUCUGGAGAUAUUACCGUUCCUUCCUGGUUUUUCGACGAAGAUGGUCGUGUCAAAGUCAACAAGGAUUCAACCUAACUGCAAGAAAUUGUAAGAGAAUUGGAGUAAAACAGAAUUUUUGUACAUGAGUUCAAUAUAAUAUAUUGACAAAUGCCCGUU